AGUAGUGAGAGGAGUCUGAUUGUGAGAGGUGAAGAGUAAAGAGAUGGGAAAAUCCCAAAAUAAAUCCAUGUGUGCAGAUACAGUAAAGCCUGACUUUGCAGACAACGAGCAACCUGCUGGAGGAAGUCAGUGGGUCGAGCAGCAUCUGUGGAGGCAAAGGAAUAGUCAACAUUUCAGUCUUGAUGCAGGGUCUUCACCUGAAAUAUCGACCAUCCCUCUGACUCCACGGAUGCUGCUUGAUCCCCUGAGUUCCAGCAGCAGUUUGCUUUUUUUGCUCUGGAUUCCAGCAUCUGCAGUCUCUUGUGUCUCCAUUUGCUUGGCAGAUGCUGGUUAAUGGAGAGAUUGCAUUAGUGCAUUCUGCAGACUGGUUAAAUGGACAGCGAGGUGCAGCGAGAUGGCAGGAUUCUGGACCUGAUUGAUGAUGCAUGGCGGGAAGACAAGCUGCCGUAUGAAGAUGUGGAAAUCCCACUGAGUGAACUUCCAGAACCCGAACAGGAUAAUGGGGGAACUACAGAAUCUAUCAAUGAACAAGAUAUGAAAUGGACUGACUUAGCCUUGCAAAACUUGCACGAAAAUACCCCAUCUGCAGGAAGCUAGUUACUGACAGCAUUGAUACCAGCACAGCAACAAAGCUUAUUUCUAUAUUCUUUCCAAGAGGCAGGUGCCAGAAUUUACUUUCACUUGAAGGCUUACUGCAAGCUUAAUGUCCAUUAUCAUUGAAAUGAAAUUACAGACAUGGCGUAUCAAAGCAAGAAUUAUAGAGCCUCAGUUAAUAGUCUUUAUAGACAAUUAAUAAGAGUGGAAAAGUUUAUAAUUUUUACUCAUUAAAGAAGAAAGUUUGUAUUCAUCAAAUAGAAGUACUGGUGGAGUAUCUCACUUGCAAGCAGUGGUGAUGUGCCAGCAGAUUAAUUCCAUCAAUGGCUGAUAUCUGUUACUUCCACAUUUUAUAAGGACCACCCAUUGUACAAUCCUGGCACACAAAUCAUUUCAUGUGAUUUAUAACUAAAUUUGUAAAUAAUUAAUGCUGUUACUGAUCUUACAAACAUUAAGCUUUCAAUAAUUUCUUUCUGUCUAUUUUAACAUUUCCCAGCAGUAAAUUGAAUCUAGUUCAAUAAAAUGUACUGGAAAUAUAUAUCAAAAUUAA